AUGGAAUGGAAUGGAAGCGGGAUCAAGAAUAAAAAUAAAAGCGAGGGGAACGGGAGAAAAAGAGAGGGAAAGGGUAUGAACACGAGCGGGGAACAAGUGAAAGCGGGAAUGGGAGCAAAGUGGAGGAAAGCAAGAACGGGCGAAAAAGAAAUGGAAUGGGUAUGGAGCAAAAGCGAGGGAAUGGGAUCGAGCGAGGGAACGGGAUCGAGUGAAGAAAUGGGAUCAAGAGAGGGAACGGGAUCAAGAGAGGGAAUGGGAUCAAGAGAGGGAACAGGAUCAAGAGUGGGGGCGGGACCAAGAGUGGGAAUGGGAUCAAGAAUGGAAGCGGGAUCUAGAGAGGGAACAGGAUCAAGAGUGGGGGCGGGACCAAGAGUGGAAACGGGAUCAAGAAUGGAAGCGGGAUCAAGAAUGGAAAUAGAAGCGAGGGGAACGGGAGAAAAAGAGAGGGAAAGGAUAUGA